CUCUCUCUUUCUCAAACCUCAAAAUCUCAAACACUUAACUAAAGAAAGAAAGCGAUUCAGAGACUCACUCACUCUCACUCGAAAGAUUUAUUAAGUUUUUUCUGUUAAAAAAUAAUGUAACUGAGAUUUAUAUAGAGAGACUGUGAUCCAGUGUUAACUCCUAGUCCUACUUACUGUGUUGACGCACCAAAUCCCCUCCCUCCUAUAGUCCUACUUCACCUCUCCAAUAUUCACGUACACACUACUUUCAUCUGUUAACCUACGCCACCACCAUCGUCAUCGUCAUCACCAAAACCAAAACCCCAAUCUCUCUUUCUCUCUCUUAAAUUAUUAUUUUUAUUUUUUUUAUAAGGAAGAGAGAGAGAAAAGAGAAAAAAAAGAAGCUAUAUUUGAUAUAUUCUGAUCUAGUUAUGGCGGAGGGUUUCGAGCCAUACCAUGUCCCACAACAAAGCCGAAGAGACAAGCUCAGAGUCGUAGCAACUCACUCCUCUACAAACCCGGUUUCGGCUUGCAUCGACGCUGCUACCGCAAACUUUCACGGCUCCGGUGGUGGCUUGCUCCCGUUAGCCACUUCAUACGAUCCCACCUCCUCCGAUUUCCUAUCUUGUACUAAAGAAGAAGGAGUGGUCAACUUAAUGGGUUUGGUCAACGGGUCUUCUUCUUCCGGUUCUCGAAAUCCGUUUAUGGAUCCGAUGACCUCUAUCCAAGAUAUCAACACUAACCCUUUUCUCUUCUCUUCCCAAGCACUCCAAAGCUUCAGAGAUUUCGAAAACCAACAGGGUUUCAACAACAAUGCCGUUUUUAAACCCGAACCGCUUUCCCUCUCCCUUUCUUCUCACCACGACCCGACCCGGAUUCAAAACAAUACCAAUAAUAACAACCACCACCAGCUUCCUCUGGAACUCAACCUACAGAGAUUCGGGUCAGCGUUUUACGGAGGAGGAGGAGGUGGAGGGUCUACGACUAAUAAUAAUGCUAAUACUGUCACGCUGGCCGUUGUUGGUGGUGGGUCGGUUGCUGACGACGGAGUCGGGUCUAGGAGCUCCGUUCCUCUUGGCCCAUUUACGGGCUACUCUUCGAUUCUGAAGGGAUCAAGGUUUUUAAAGCCGGCACAGCAGUUACUUGAAGAGUUUUGUAACGUCGGAGGAGGAAGUAGGGUUGUUUACGGUGAUGAACUUGCCGCAGAUCCUACUCUUAUGGAGAGUCCGGUAGAGGGGUUGAGCUCCGGCAGUGGAGGAGUUAAUGUUGAUGAUGUUGAGCUUAGUAGUGGUGUUUCCGAUGGUGGCGAGAGUAGUCGGAAAAAGAAGUCCAGGCUUAUUUCUAUGCUUGAUGAGGUCUACAGGAGGUACAAACAAUACUAUCAACAGAUGCAGACAGUGGUAACAUCGUUCGAGUAUGUGGCCGGGCUUGGCAACGCCGCUCCUUACGCCAAUUUGGCAGUGAAAGCCAUGACCAAGCAUUUCAAGUGCUUGAAAAGUGCAAUUAUGGACCAACUUCAGUUCUCCAACAAGGAUAACUCUCACACCAAUCAUCAUGGCAAAGAAGAAGUUCCUACUUUUCGAAACAGCAAUAGAGGUAAUCUUUACAGCCAAAGACCGAUUCAAGGCUCAGGAUUCCUCGACCACCAACCCGUGUGGCGACCCCAAAGAGGGCUUCCCGAGCGUGCUGUUACUGUCCUACGCGCUUGGUUAUUCGAGCAUUUCCUUCACCCUUAUCCUACGGAUACGGACAAGUUAAUGUUGGCUAAACAAACUGGUCUAUCAAGAAGCCAGGUUUCAAAUUGGUUUAUCAAUGCUCGAGUGAGGCUAUGGAAGCCAAUGGUGGAGGAAAUACACAUGCUAGAAACACGCCAAGCUCAGAAAGCUUCACACAGAGAAGAUCGAAACACAAUGAGGCCGAACGCACAAGAACAUGUAGCUUCAUCAGCGAACAAUCUAGCGUCUGAAAAUCCAUCCACCUCAAUGCAUAGGGUUCACGACACUACGUUGAAGCGUUCUAGAAGCGAUGUACCAACCGUCAUGGAUAGUACUGCAGGUGGAGUAAGCGAAGAGAUGAACAUGUCUUACGACAACUUGCCUACUCAUCUUCAUAAUCACCAUCAUCACCACCAUCAAGUUGGCGUUGCUGCCACUGCCAUGAACAUGUCCGGUAUUGGGAGCAACGGAGUUUCCUUAACACUUGGACUUCACCAAAAUAACGGCGGAACCAUUGGUUUAUCAGAGCCCUUUCCUAUAAACGCAGCUCAAAGAUUUGGUCUUGGCCUUGAGGGAAACAAUGAGGGAUACGUCAUGGGUGCUUUCGAAGCUCAAAAUCGACAUUUCGGUAGAGAUCAUCAUCAUGUGAUGGGAGGGCAACUUUUGCAUGAUUUUGUAGGCUGAAAAAGAAGAAGAAUGUGCAAUUUUUGGAGCUCUAUCAGGUAAAAAUAUUUGUUGCUAACAAAGUUGCAAAAUAUGGUUAAGAAGCUAGCUAGCUUAGAUUGGUUGGAAAUUAUUUCCUUUACUAUAAUAUGGUUAAGAAGAAGGUAAAGAAAAAGAAAAGGUGGGAGAGUCCGUAUACUUCCCAAUGUAUAUUAUAUUUUUCCUUCUAUUGAAAAUAUGCCAACAACAUAUAUAUAUAUAAUAACAUAUAUAUAUUUAUAUAAGAAAAAGGAUUGGUUGCUAUAUUCUUGUGUAAAGUUAUUAUUAUUAUUAUGAGAGUGAAAUUGAUACCAUGUCAAACCAAUUAAUUCAAGUAUUGACGUGGCAUUUUAA